AUGGAGAACGUUAAGGAAGAGAAAACUAGUGCGAUAAUGCUUACUUACAACCGGCUUCGAAGUGCAGCGAAGCUGUUUCGUUUUGUUGAGCUGUGUUUGGCUCUAGUGUUUUUAUUGUGGAUCUUUACUAGGCUUCCUUUCGCCGUCAGAAUCUCCGGCGAGUACUUCCAGAAGCUUGCGGGGAUCGUGACGAGUCCUCUUUUUGUUGUUUUGCUCUGCAACGGAAUCAUCGGCGCACUCUUCGCUAAGUCCGGCGGAUUCUCGGCCGAGAAUCCCGCCGAGGCAGAGGUCUACGAGGAGUUCAUAGAAAAUAGUGUAGAAAAUAGUGAGAAUCGCGGAGUAAAGUUGUUGUCAGCGGAUUCUGCGGCCGUUGCUAAUCCUCCUUCUCUUGAGGCAGAGGAGAUCGUGUUCCAGGACAAAGAAAUCAUCUGCCAAGAGAGUGCGAUUUCGAUUUCUGACGCGAGUGAGAAUGACAUCGACAAGGAGUCCGAGUCGGAUACUCCGAAACCUUAUCGGAGGUCAAAAUCGGAGAAGCUGAAGAGAGAGAGCUCGGAGAUGGCGGUUGAGAAGCUCCGCCGAUCGGAGACAGAGAAGUUCCGGAAAAGCAAGAAAUCGGAUGAGAUUCCGGACGAGGAUCUGCUUCCGAGCGAAGAUCUGAGUGACGAGGAGUUCCAGAAAGCCAUUGAUGAUUUCAUAGCGAAGCACUUGAAGUUCCGACGCCAAGAGUCCAUAGCCAUUGUUGUUCCAAACCAGGCUUAA